CGCGACGUGCCGCGGCGUAGGGCUGAUCCGUCUCGUAUAGCUCCCCUGUGCAUUGCGGUGACGUUUGGUUGUCAUUUCGCGAGGGCAGCUGCAUUUCGGUGUGACGUGUGCUGCUGGAGUCAUCGCCGGGGAGGCAGAACUCAUCGCAGGUGGGAUGAAGCGACGGCAUGGGAUGCAGAGAAGCUCCCUCCGUUUGUUUGUGGCCGUACAGAGCACGUCGAGUCCCAAACACUGGCGUCGAUGAAGGGAUGACUGCCUUUGACGCCGAAGGAUGUCCACAGUGACUGACCGGUGUUGUGCGUGAAGCGCUCAUCGUCGGAAGAUAGAACAAACAAACACCACGAUGGAAGCAGGUGACGUGACACACACAAACACAAGGCAGCGAGCGGGAGGCGUCAUCAACAGUGAUUGUUCUCCGUGUGGCAGGUGAGUGUGACGCUGGUGGCAAUGGUGGCGGUGGAUCAUCAGCGACUCAUCUGCCCGGCAGUGUCACUGAUGCUGCGAACCAGCAGGUCAGCGUCAGCCUUCACCAGCGGCAUUUCGUUGCAUCGACGUGUGUGAGGCUUCUGUGUGAUGCAGGCUGCCAGUUACAGUGACGUUCUCCAUCGCAUGCGCGAGCAGCUUGAGCUCAUGCGAGACAUCACCAGCACACUACACACUCAGGUAUGCAGCCCUGGUCGCUUCCACAGGUCCCUGCCUCGUCUGUUGGCUGUCUUUCGUGUCAGUGCGUCGAUCUGUCGGCGACACGAGAGGAUGUGUCUGGGCGACUGGCUGAGCGGUUGAUGCGCAUUGAGUCGGACAUUGCCCACAUGAAACAGAUGAUCGAGAGCUCACAGGUGCGCAUGUCGAUGGAUGCGGGAUGUGAGUGCAUUUUUGUGAGCUCGCGUGGUGUGCCUUUAGGUUCGUGUUGGCGAGGCGGUGGGUGUAUCUCACUCGGUACUUGAAGAGGAAAGGGGAGAGAGACCGUCAUUGACGGCGGGCAAUAUCUUCCAUGUGUGAGUGCAGCUACCUGCAGCCGUGAAGGAGGAUGAUUCCCCUGCUCCUGCGGCUGUUAGUGCUAGCAGUAGCACUGCUGCUGCUCGUGCCGGUAGUACGCAGCGACACAAGGAUGAAACAGCGACCCGCCACAUGCGCCAAGAGCCCCCCCUCUCUCUCUCUCUCUGUGUGUGUGUGUGUGUGUGUGUGUAUGUGUGUGCAGGUGGUGUGUCAGAGGACUUUGAGCAAGGAGAGAGCAAAGGCCAGCAAUAGCUGCAGGAGGUCAGUACAUGCAUACACCGACAGACAUCGCACUCGGGACUCAUUUCUCUCACUCCCCUGUGUCCGUCUGUGUGUCGGUCUGUGUGUGUGUGUUUGUGUGUGCCUGUCAGGGUGUCGGCCCGCGGUGUGUGGGCGUCCUGACGGCUGAGCCGCUGUGCGAGCGGACGAUGUCAUGCCCCUUCCUCGCCACCAAGAAGGCCUCUGUGCCGCCUCGCGAGAUCGGGAAGGGGCCGGAGGACACGACGGGUGCCACUCACCGCAACAUGCCCAUCGCACCCCGUUCUCUCGACCAGGGCGCCAGCCACAGCAGAGGCCGCUCGUCAUCCCUGCCGCCUCGAGUGGUGUCCCCGUCGCUGCAUGAUGAUGCCUCACCAUCUGGCCAGCGCAGCUCCGGAGGACAGGUGAAGCACGCCCAACCCAAUAGCAGCCCCUUGGUGGCAGCAUGCAGUGUCCAAUUCUUUCUCCCCCGGUCAAACAGGUUCGCAUAGAGGAUAUCGAGGUUCUGCACCAGCUGCUUGUGCAGGUGGGGCGAUGGAUGGGAGGCAGCACCAACCAGACACACCACCGACACCGUGCAUGGGUGUUGCUCAUUCCCUCCUUUUGUGUGCUCCGUGCCUUCAGAACCACGCGAUAGCUUGUAUGGACGCCUCUCAGCUGCCCAACCAGGUCAGUCGGCGUCCCACAGCCACGGUGGUCGUCUACAAGUCAGGCUGCGGUGGAUGUGUGAGUUAUAUGUGUGUUGAUGCAGAGUCCCAUGACGCUGCAGGACCACGCGUCGGUGAGAAGAGCCCUGCAGGCAGCGAAGGACGCCCUGUGGAUGGGCUUCGGGAGCCUCCAGAACAUCAGAUACCAGGCAGGCACCUUGGCACGCACAACGACACACAGCGGCAGCACCGGCCAUGUCGCAAAAGGCUCUGUUCUGUAUGUGGUUUGCAGCACGACCCACAGCUGGAGGGCAACUUGUUCCAUCUGCACAAGAGGGGCAGCAUGUCAACUCGCAACGACGGACCGGUACACAACAACUAACACACAGAGGAAAACAUCGGCGUCGCGCCGCACUCCGUACCUGUCUGUCUGUAUGUCGAUCGAUCACCAGGCGCAACUUCUGUUGACCCCUUUGGAUCAUGCCAACAUCAGCAGCUUCUUCAGCCCCCGUGACCUCGGCCAUCGCCUUCUCAGCAAAGGCGCCUUCUCACUCUCGUACGGCUGCUGCGACCGCUUCGCCGUCGACUACGCCAAGUCGGCCACGAGGGCCAUGUGGGAGCGGAUGCCUACCGAUGUGGCCCGCAACAUGGGGCGCGGACUGGUCAACCUCAAGACGCUGGUGGUGCGCUACCCCGUUGACGCUCCGUCGUGGUGCUGCGAGGUCACUUACAAUCCCCUGUGGUGCUCCCACGUGUGGGUGUCCAUUGUCGAGGGCCACGUGGAGGGCCGGGAGGCAAUGAAGAAGGAGAAGCGGCAGCGAGAGGCCAGCAGCAGGGGCGCUCCCACAGCCACAACCAAUCAGCAAGCGUCCUUCCACGGCAAGGCCGACAAGGGGUCGCUCCACACCAUCGUCUUCGAGGCGGUCCCCUUGUCAGAGUGCGACAGGGCAACUUCUGUCUCGAAUGAAUAUUCGAGGCUGACGAUACGUUUGUUGAAUGAAUAUUCUUGGCCUCCACCCGCUUCUAGCUCCUCUAGUCGCACCCCCCGCCGCCGUUCCCUGCCACCGCCCACCCCCAUCACCCUCCCUGCGCUGACCACCAUCACCGGCCUCCGCCCAGGUCAGGCCAACAUCAUCAGCGACAGAAGGUGGCGCACACCGGCACUCGAGCGGGCGCAGGGCUCCACCACCCAGCUCCCUCCCAAUCCUCGCCCCUGGGACCGUGCUUCUCUGUCCUUCAUCGGCACAUCCAAGCGCCUCAAGCACAUCGACAUGGAGACGAAAAUGGGUGUGAUGGUGGAGGUGCUGUCGAGGGUGUCGCCGCCGGCUGACGGGCAGCCAGGGGGGCUCGCCGCACUCGAGACCAUCGCCACGCUCGAGCUCGAGAUCGGCCUCAGCAAGUCGGAGGCUGCUGUAGACAAACUUCGGGUAAGAAGGGAUCACAACGGACGGGAAAUGAUGCCCGACACGCAAAUAUCAUCGGCGAAUCUUUAUGGCGUGUUUUCCUUCCCUUAGGGUCUGCUGGUGCGCCACAAGUGCCGAUCGAUCCGCUCUAUCUUGAUCUUGAUCAAUAUCGAGAAGAACGCUGUCGAUUCCCGUGAGCUCUUCGCCUUCCUGUCGGCAGUCGAUCGCCUGCAGGAAGCACUCGGCACCCACACAGACAUCUCCAUCCUCACGCCAUACCUGCGAGAUAGAGGGCUGCGCGUCGGUUUCCACCUCCCCGCCAUAGUGCCUGCCACCUCCUACCGUCUCUUCACCUUCACAUUCAACAUGAUCGCCGGCCAGGCCGCGACCGUCGAGUGGCGUGUCGACGCAUCUCGUCAGGAGGAGCUUCGCAGCCCCCCUCAGGCCGAGACAGACCUCUUCCACACUCUGCGCUUCCCCUCGGCCAAAAAGGUGGACGUCUCGGUCGACAAUCUGGGGGCCCUCGCCAGCCGCCCGCUGCCCACCCUCUCCGCUCUCGCUGCUCUCCCAGCUGACGCAUUCCCCGCAGCCUCAAAGCUUGCGAUUGUGGACGGUCGGCUGUGUGAGCCCGGUGGUGUGCUGGCACAGAAAAUGCCCAAGAUCGCGAGCGUGACGGUCGGCCCAUCAAAUUCAUCGGGUGCGGUGAUGGCCGCCGACCUUCUGGGGCUGCUCCGACGGGCCGGGGGUGGCAAGACGCUACGUGUGGACAUCGGUGGAGUAUUGGGCGGAUUGGGUGGGGCCGGUGUAAGGUGGGAUGAGGACUAG